AAUCACUAGACCCAAAAGCCCCUGUUCUUCCUUUCUUCCUCGUCCUUCCUUCUUCUUCUUCUUCUUCUUCUUCAGCAUCAUGGCUAGGUCAAUCUCAAAUUUGCUCUUCAAGGCUAUCACGUUUUCAGGCGUCCCAGCUUCUCCUUCUUCCACAAUUGCUCCUGGGUUACUUUAUCUCAAUGGAAUGAGAUACUCCACCUCUGCGCCGAGUGAUCCCGACACGCAUGAUGACUUUAAACCCAAGGAUAAGUUUUCGAGUUCUGGCCUUAGCUUGAAGGACAUUGUUGAACAGGAUGUCAAGGAUAACCCCGUAAUGCUUUAUAUGAAAGGAGUGCCUAAUGCUCCUCAGUGUGGAUUCAGCUCACUUGCAGUCAGAGUGCUAUCAGCAUACCAUGUUCCUUUGAGUGCUAGAAAUAUCUUGGAAGAUCCUGAGCUGAAAAAUGCCGUGAAAGCCUUUAGCAACUGGCCAACAUUUCCACAGAUUUUCAUCAAGGGGGAGUUUAUUGGAGGGUCAGAUAUUAUUCUCAAUAUGCAUCAGAACGGUGAGCUGAAGGAAAAGCUCAAGGAUAUUGCAGCUAGUCAGGAAAAGUCUGAGUAAGUGUUCAUCUGAAGACGUGUAUCAAUUUCCAGUUGGGUUAAGUGCUUGUUUCUGAAGGUGACAAAAGUAGUUUUCAUGUAUCCGUGGAGUCAAUAAAGCCAAAAUUUUGUUCAAAUCAAUAAAAUGUCGCUUAUUUA